GAACAGGCACAUCAAAGCUUGCCCCCGAUGUCUGCCACGACCCACGAAACGCACAUCGCCGAUGCCAUCGUACCGGGGGAGGUGACCGAGGAGGUCGCCCACGUCUCGACCGGGACGGACCCCGAGAAGCACGACUACGAGGUGGACGCCCAAACGGUCGAUGACGACGAGUACCCGGUGCCCACGGAGCAGGAAGUCAGCAUCCUGCGCAAAGUCCCCGCCAACCUCCCCAUCGUCGCCUACUCGCUGUGUCUCGUCGAAUUCGCCGAGCGCGCCUCGUACUACGGGGCCCAGACCGUCUUCGCCAACUUCAUCGAGUUCCCGCUGCCCAAAGGUGGCAAUGGUGCGGGUGCACCGCCGCGAGGAUCCCAGGAGACGGCGGGAGCCCUGGGCAUGGGUCUCCAGGCCAGUGACGCCCUGGUCCUGCUGUUCACGUUCUUGGCCUAUAUCAUUCCGAUCUUUGGCGGCUGGUGGGCGGAUGUCUCCGUCGGCCGGUACAAGGCCAUCUGUGUGGGUGUCGCCAUCUGUGGUAUCGCCCACAUCGUCCAGAUCAUUGGCGCCAUCCCGAAGGUGCUGCAAGAAGGUCGGGCGCAUGCGGCGCCGCCCUUCAUCAUCGGCCUGCUGCUGCUGGCCCUGGGCGCCGGUAUCUUCAAGCCCAACAUCGCCCCGACGGUGCUGGACCAAUAUCGCCACCAGAAGCAGUACACCAAGACCCUGAAGUCGGGCGAGAAGGUGAUCGUGGACCCCGAGCUGACGGCGACGCGCACGAUGCUCAUCUUCUACGGCGUGGUGAACGUCGGGGCCUUCUACAUGCUGGCGACCACGUACGCCGAGAAGUAUGUGGGCUACUGGCUGGUGUUCCUGCUGUCCGGCAUCAUCUACUUCCUGCUCCCCAUCGUGCUGGCGGCCGUGUACAAGAAGACCUACCGCAAGCCCGCCAGCGGCAACUCCGAGCUGGCCAAGGCCAUCAAGAUCACCAUGACGGCGCUGCGGCAGAACAAGUUCCAGGUCUGGCGCAAGAACUUCUUCGACGCGGCCAAGCCGAGUGUGCUGGCGGCCAAGGGCAUCCAGGUCGACUGGACCGACAAGCUGGUGGACGAUGUGCGCCGAACCCUCGAGGGUGGAUUCCCGGCUAACGCGCGAGACACAGAGGCGACGGAGGUGUUCUUCUACUUCCCCAUCUACAACCUCAACGACGGCGGUAUCGGGUCCGUGUCGACGAACCAGGGCGCGUCCAUGGUGACCAACGGUGCCCCCAACGAUCUGCUGAGCAACUUCAACGCGCUGACGAUCAUCGUCGCCGUGCCCAUCGUGGACUACUUCAUCUACCCCUUCCUCAACCGGUACAACAUCCCCUUCAAGCGCAUCACCAAGAUCACCUUCGGAUUCACGCUGGCGGCCCUGUCGGGCCUGGCGGGGGCCAUCGUGCAGUGGAAGGUGUACACGCUCUCCCCCUGCGGCUACUACGCGUCGACGUGUGCCGAGGUGGCGCCCAUCAGCAUCUGGUGGCAGCUGCCCAACACCGUGCUGGGCGCCCUGUCGGAGAUCUUCUGCAACGUGACGGCGUACGAGCUGGCCUACGCGCGGUCCCCUGCCAGCAUGCGCGGGCUGGUGAUGGCCAUCUUCCUGUUCAUGACGGCGCUGUCCAGCGCGUUGGGCGAGAUCCUGGUGCCGGUGACGGAGGACCCGUACCUGAUCUGGAUCUGGGGGGCCCCCGCGGUGGCCCUGGCCCUGCAGAUCGUCCUCUUCUGGUUCCGCUUCAAGCACCUGAACGACGACGCGUACAUGACGGACGACAUCGACUAUGACGCGAGUGCGGACGAGGAGACCCCCAUCCACACGACGACCGAGAUCACCAAGAGCGCCCAGGAUUGGACGGGGGAGGCGCGUGGUGAUUGA